AAAUUCAUGCCCAGAUACGACAGACCCUACAAAAUCAUCUCAGCGAACCCUAAGUCUUCCAUUUAUACCUUAGAUAUGCCUGCACACACUAACAUUUUGCCUACGUUUCAUGCCUCUGAACUCAAAUGUCACAUCGCAAACAAUGAGAGCCUGUACCCCUCAAGGAUCCAACAGAAACCCGUGCCUGUAAUCACGUCAGCAGGCGCAGAAGAAUGGGAGAUAGAAAGGAUACUUGAC